UCAAUAUCCGGUUUAUUGCAGAUGAAGUUGCACAGAUCAUAAACAAGUGAGAACGAAAAUAGGCAGGGAACAUCUGCCUGUUAAAAGCAUGUUUCUAUUCAGUUUAACUAGUGGAUAUAUAUUUUAAACUUUAACAAGUGGUUGCUGUAUGCCACAUGCGCAACACCCUGUCUGAAACCAACUUGCAAACGUUUAAAAUCUUUUAAAAUAUAUGUUCAUAUACUUCAAUAAGAGCGGCUUUUGUGUCUUGCAACGGUCUAAUGAAGAUAUAAGGAUAAGUUCACAUUAUUUCCACAAUGACAAAAGUAGCUCUGAUUAUCGUUAACAAAGAAUUUCAUGUACAAGAAACAGAUGAUAAAAGAUGCGGUGCGACCAAAGACUUCCAGAAAAUGUGUUGGAUGUUUGCCGAACUUGGAUUUAUCGUGAUUCAUCGCUUCAAUCAGACAUCAAAGGGAAUCCGGACUGCAAUUAAAGAUGCGUGCAGUAUACCAAGCGAGUGUUUCGUCUUCGUGCUGAGCACACACGGUGAGGAGAGUUACCUACCCAAGGACAGCAAUGCACACGGGGGCGAAACAGGCCUACGGGCGGAGGUAUAUGAUCAAAUGGUACUGGGGAUUGACGGACAGGCGCUCUCUGUGAAUAAUCUUCUAAAGGAAAUAGACAACAACGCACUGAAGAAUAUGCCAAAAAUAUGUUUUAUUCAGGCUUGUCGUUCAAUUGAGGGCAAUCAAACAAUUGCAAUUGACGAGGGCACAAGUUUAUUUGUUCAGGAGCAGUUUGACAAAACAGAUGGCGGGAUUCUCCACUUUAACAUACAAAACAAGGUCAUAUGGUAUGAUGACGACGUUGUUCAAGCCGUGAACGCAGAGACCGAAGGAAAAAAGGUACACCAAACGGUUAAUGAUGUAGAAGAAACAUAUGCAUUCGGGAACUUGUGUGUUCAAGAAAGUCCAUUUGAUCUGCCCGAUUCGGAUAACGAGGAUGGCGAAGUCACGCCCGAUGUGCGGGGUGCUGAUGAUUCGAAGACUAUGCCCAAAGUGGCUACUCUGGUGGCUCCCGUCGAUUGCCCCACCAACUUCCUUGUUAUGUACCCCGUUCAACCGCAUAAAUAUGCUUUGCGAAAGGCUGACACGGGAUCGUUGAUGCUCUACUACAUGUUCAAACUGCGGAACAUGUUGAAGAACGAUGGUCGUAUCUUGUCGUAUCUGACCACAGUCCUGCGUGCGAUGGCCGAUCACACAUCGCAUUACAAAGGUCAAGAAAUAAAAAUGUGUGGAACUAUAUACCACAGGCUGACCCGUGAAGUUUUUCUUAAAAAUACACACGCACCGACAAAGCAGUUCGAAACCUGGAAGUCAAUGCUUAAAUCGAAAAGAAAAUGAUAAACGGCAUGCUACUUACCGUAACUAUGUUUUUGAACGGUGGCAAACGGAUUGUGACAUAUUACCAGACAUGUUCGAAAAAUUUAAGUAUUUGCUUUUCAAAUAUUAAUUAUUUUCCAUCAAAAUUGAUUCCGAUAUAGUAUUAUUAUAAUUAUCAAUAUCAGCAUUAAUUAUAUAGACUAUGUCAUUUUUAAGAUAUCGGUUAAGGUGAGGAAGUUAACUUAAACUUACACAAACUUGCACUUUGAAUAGAAUAAGAGUAGGUAUCAGACGCAUUAAAAAAUUUAAAUGUGUGUCUUCUUUAAACUGUACUAUUGUGAAAUGUAAUUAUAUUCUUUUUAAUCAGGUGGUCGGUUGACAAUACAAGGACAAUGGCGUUCAAAGUUAUAAACAUGUAUUUAUCGCAACAACUUAAAGCUUAUGACAGUAGGCUCUCAAAACAACAGCCCGAAAAUUGUGGAUUACAAUAUUAUACAAAACUUAAAUUCUAUUUACUGUUUCCACGAUUUCCAAAUAUACGAUAACAUUACAAGGGUAUUGCUGUUUAAAUAGUUUUUGAGCGGUUGGUUAUGUUAAAAUAUUCCGCCAUGGCCACUCCCCCCCCCGUUACCAAAAACCCAUAUUGUAAACUAUUUUUUGCAUCGCAUUUCUUUUUUGUAACAGUUUAUGUAUCUUAUUUUCGUGUUUUACGGAUACAAGUUUGAAGUGGCGUUAAGAAACCUAUAUAUAUUGCUAACUUAUUAUUAAGUGAAACAAAUGUUGAAUAAUAUAUUGGAAAUACAAUAUAAACACCAACAUAUUCGUUGAUAAGUCUGUUGAACAACAAUAAGUUUACACAGUCUCAACUUUCUUUGUGCUUAUUACUUACGUACACAUUGGUGCAUAUACAUUGUUUCUAUGGAUAUAAAUUGUCCAAACUUUUGCAAAGUCGCCAUAUGUAAGUAACUAGUAACUUUUAGAAAACGUGCAUAUACGUGUUGUUUUAAUUAAAUCGGUGUUGAAACUUUCUUAUAUUUAAAUGUGUGUACUGUUUCUUUAUGUAUACUUUCCGGUGAACUUUCGUGCGUCUUCAAUUAAACUCGACCCUCAA